CGGACAAGAACAAACAGGAAGAAGCACUAGCGACGCCUGAAUGAAGUGCAUCAUCUUGGCCUGAUUACUGUAAAAAGCGCCGUGGUAUCUCGGUGGACAUGAGUGUCACGUGGUAUCAUCAGACUAGGCAACGCAUUCAAGACGUAUGGGUGCACUUGCAAUCCGCCAUGACGAAAUAGCUUAGAGGCUUGCCUCGACGACAUGAGGGGAAGACAUGUAUACACAAACGGGGCCUUCCUGUGAUGGCUGAGACGAAAUCUAGACAUUCUGGUGUAGCUAUGCUUCCGCACUGCGCGAAUAGAUGGUCCAAGAGCCUAUACAAUAGUCUUUAUAUCGACGAACACAAGCUUUGCACUUGCACCCUAGAGUGCGAUGGCACAGUCGGUGCAGGGAACUAUGCCACAUCUAUAUUACAAGCGUGAUGAGUACAUGUUGUUUCCGGGCCAUGGCAGCAAGACGUCGGUGUCCCACUGGCCAUGUACAGAGCUUCAUAGAAGCAGUUCCAGCACACUGGUGCGUUGACCACCCUUCUCAACCUCGGCGCUCUCUCAAUGGCUGAUAUUCCACCUCCCCUUCUUCAACCGCCUCAUAAUCAUCUUGCGCCCCUUUUUUGUCCGCAGACGGCUCAAAAACCCAUGCCUGCGCUUUCGCACCAAAUGACUGGGAUUGUACGU